AAGAGAUGGAGGCUGAAAGUUUCCCCAAGGAAGUCAUCCUCGAGCUGGUGAAAGCCAGCUUCGAGCAGAUCUCCGCGGCCCAGUGGGCGCUGCUGGUGGCGGGGACCCCCGACUCGGAGACCAAGGCCAUCAUUGCCGACACCAUCGGCGACAUGAUCCAGAGGAUCUCCUCCAACGUGGUCAAGCACCUGCUGCCCGCCGUCAGCGAGCACCUGCGCAGUCAAGCGUCCCAGGCCCAGGUGAGUAACGCCAUCGACCGGUGCAGUCCAAAGUUAAGCGAAUGCAUCACCGAGACGUUCGCCGCCGCCCUGGACCUCCCACCGCAGAAGUACGAGGGCGCCGGAGAGCUCACCACGCUAGUGGAGUCGGAGGUGAAGCACCGGGUGACGUCAGCCUUGUCCGUCGCCCGGAACGCCCUCGAGUGGCCGUCGAACCCCACCCUUUUCAUCCGCGGCACCAUGUCCAGCGUGGGCAACCUGGCCUCCAUCUUCCGGAAAGCUGUGGAUUAUUUGGGGCAGGUGUUCUCUCGGGCACGCACGCCGUGCGUGGUGCUGUGCGGCCGCUCCACCAUGAAAGCCAGCGACAUGACUGAGGCAGUGAGCGGAAUCCUCUUAAAGUGGUCUCGCGCCAGUAAGGGUGAGAAAGUCAACGCCGCUGACAUCAUCGACGUGGAGAAAUUGAGCGAAAACUCCGAGCAGGACAACUUGGAGGUGGUGAGCGAUUCCGAUUCAGAGGUCUUGCACAGUGCUAAGUUGGCCGCGCUCGACAUCACCAGAAGUAUCAUUCAAGAACCCUUGCUCAGCUCCGGGGACCGUGCAGAAAGACUGACGCGCUUCAACCUCAACCUGAAGCUUAUUUCCAACAAAGUCAAGAGUUUCUUCCGGUCGCAGGAGAACGCCUGUCCGAACGUCAACAAAAUGCGCAGGUUACGUUUCUUUAAAUUUGCGCGCAUGCAGUUUACGCGCAUGUUGGGACGCCUCAAGCGAGCCUUCAAGAAUCAGGAAGGGUGCCUGGUGUGCCUCAGACCCGAUCAGCCGAAGUCCCCCAGAGGCACCUUCAGGAGCAGCACCUUACACGUCAGGCCGUCGCAGAAUCCCGUGUUCGAGUUCGAGGCCAUUCAAGACAUGGUCGCAAAGCUGUUCGAAGACCUGAGCAAGAUGGAGCCCGAAGUCCGCCAGGCCAAAAUCCAACGCUACAUGGACGAGAAGCUGCGGGGCUUUUCUCAGGAACUCACCUCUCGCCUGUACGAGUACAUCAUGUCCUGUCAAAGCGAAGUCUAUGAGGUGCCAUCCAGCCGCUCCAAUACGCCCUUUAUGGACUCGGUGCUGUGGGGGCGGCGGGGGAAGAAGCACUGGGACGGCGGACAGAAGUUCUCUCCGGAGGUCUUGUAUGCCAUGACGGAGGACGUGGUCUGGAGGUUCCUGCAGCAGCUCCUCCUCUGGAUGGAGACGGAGGACGGAGAGACGUACGCCGAUGAAGUCUCCGGCGCCGUCGGUGAGAUCAACCAGCUGGUUGUCACCGCCCUCAACACCAGCCAGGACUCGGAAGAAGAGAUUUCUCGAGAAACACCUUUAAACGAGGUCUUAAAAGAUGGCAGCCUAAAAUGUUCCUCGUACCUUCCCGAAAGCCAAACGAGGACCUCGGCAUCUUCCGACGGCGAACCCCUGUCCUUGAAGGACUUGAGUGAGGUGUUGGCCUUCACGCUGACCGUGCAGCUGGGCCAGCGCCUGCCCAGGAAGUGCAAAAAGUCCCUGAAGCCGGAAGCCCUGAUGCUGGUCGUGCAGCAUCUGUCGUCCAGGGCCUUGAAGGACAUCGGCCCGGGCCACAUGGACAAUAUCGAGACGCUGGCCAACCUGGAGGAGGUCAUCGUGCCAGUGGUGAAAAAGCUGCUGGCUGAAUUCGGCACGCCGGAUAAACUGGUGGAGGCCGUGACGGUGGACGACGCCUCUUUUGACGACGUCGUUAUGAAACAUCUCGAAGUCCAACUUAAAGCCCCCAGAGGUGUGCCAAAGGGCGCUUUGUCGUCCAUAAUGUGCUGCUACCCGUGUCGUUGAUCGCGCCCGAAAUAUCCGUCGGGUUUUUCCACAUCAAUUGACUUUCACAAACUGGAACGUCUCAGGUGGAGUUGUGAACCAAAAUGUGCCAAAAUACGAUGACAGGCUAAGUGAGAGAUAUUGAGAACAAUCGCUCACUUCCGCUGGAGUUGCUGGUUCACAUUUCUAACACAUAUGUACAUACUGUGCUUUAGAAGUGACCUCAAUGCUUCAUUCAAAACUGAAAAGGGGCACUUUCAAAGACAUUUCUUUUUUGUUUUUUUUAAGAAUUAAAUGAA